CAAUGAUCAUACGAGAGACAGUAGCCAUAGAUUUUUCCCUUCACCUUCACCUACAGGUGGAACAUUUUGGCCAUGAAAGCGAUCAAGCCAAGCUUUAAAUGCAAGUAGAGAGACGUUGCAUCUCUUCGCUUUGUGGCUAAGCAAGCAUACAUAUCCACGCCCUCAAUCUCUCUCUCUCUUUUGUUCGUAUAUAAGCUCUUCUCUGAGUUCUUCUUCAAUCUCAGAUCGUGUUUGGUGUUCUCUCUCGCUAGAAGAUGUCGUCUUUUCCAUCAUACCGAUCUGGGUUUUGUCCCCUUUCGUCGUGUCCUUCUCUCGAUAAUUUCGUCGAACGGAUUAAAGACGCUUGCCAUUUCGCCGUCUCCGCUGUUAUUGGCACAUUUGUUUCCGCGAUCUUGACCUUCCUAUUUGCCUUAGUCGGCACAUUGUUGGGGGCACUUACAGGAGCUUUGAUAGGACAAGAAACAGAGAGUGGUUUCGUUAGAGGAGCUGCGGUUGGAGCCAUUUCAGGGGCUGUUUUCUCGAUCGAGGUCUUCGAAUCCUCUCUUGUCCUCUGGAAAUCCGACGAUUCUGGUUUUGGAUGCUUUCUCUACCUAGUUGAUGUAAUAGUCAGUCUGCUAAGUGGGAGACUUGUACGGGAGCGGAUAGGUCCGGCAAUGCUAAGUGCGGUACAAAGUCAGAUGGGAGCUGCGGACGCGACAUCUGAUGAGCUCUCGAGCAUAUUUGACACAGGUGGCUCAAAGGGACUGGCAGGAGACAUUGUUGAGAAGAUCCCAAAGGUCAAAAUCACCUGCAAGAACACCAUAACUGAUGCUUCUGGCAACAAAGUCUCUUGUUCUGUCUGUCUUCAGGAUUUCCAGAUGGGUGAAACGGUGAGGAGAUUGCCGCAAUGCCACCACAUGUUUCAUCUGCCAUGCAUAGAUAUUUGGCUUCUCAGGCAUGGAUCUUGUCCCUUGUGUCGACGGGACCUGUAAACUCUCUUUUCUUCCUUCACAAACAAACAAACCAUUUGCGUUGCCUUUACAUGACAUCAUACCGAUUUGUGAAUUAUAAUUAAAUUAUAAAAUUUAUAGAUUUAUAUGAAAAAAGAAUACAUAGUUUUAAGCCCAAGCUACGGAUUUAUUGGGUGGAAAUGAGCUCGGGGGCUUCUUUCCAAGACACAAGCUACGGAUUUAUUGGCAUCUUACAUGAAUGUCGGACCGGCCAAGUACAAGCUCUUGAACCCUAAUGAUGAAAAAUUCCAAAGAGACACCAUCGUAACAUUUACGACAGUAGGGAGAGAGGUAGAGGCUAUACCCUAACGUUGUGAGCAAGAUUCGAACAAGAAAUAAGGACGAAAAUGCCAAGAAUUCAAAUUCUCCGUCGUGAUGAAGAAGAUGAGAAGGCAUUUGAUCCAAAGGAGCCGGAGAAGUUGGUAUAUUUACACGCUGCAUUGUGCGAAACCCCAAGGCUUUACCCCGUGAUCCCAUUCCAACGCAAGACUCCGAGUGGGCAUAGGGUCGGUGUAAAUUCGAAGAUUUUGAUCAUCAGUUACGCGAUGGGGCGGAUGGAAGCGGUAUGGGGGGAAGACGCUUCAGAUUUCAAACCCGAGAGAUGGAUCAGCGCGGACGGAGGGUUAAAACACAAGCCUCCCGCAAAGUUCUUUGCGGUUCACGCAGUUGAAGACAGUGCUCGUUAAGAUCAUACAAACCUACGACAUUGACGUCGUCGAGGGGUAAAAUGUUGAGCCAAAUGCCGCAGCUCCCCUUCACGUAAAAGACGGUCUUAGAAUCAGGAUUACUAAGAGAUGUUCUGCCUGAAUUUUAUCCGACAAACAAAAAAAGCAUGCAAUGAUAAGACGAUGAUAAUAAUAACAAGAUGAUGAUGAAUUUUA